AUGGAGGAAAACUCAGAUUCUUCAUAUUCAUCUUCAUCUUCAUCAUCUUCGAAUUCAGAAAUUGCAAAAAUUGCUGGGGAUUAUUGUGAUUAUGGUAGUGGGAAGAAGAAAAGACCAUUCAGUAGAGGCAAAUUUGGAAAGCCGGGAGGACGUGGCAACCACAAGCUAGGCACUACAAGACCAUUAGCAGUACCCACAUCAGGAAAAUCACGAGUACCUAAGUCAAAACAAUCAGGAGCACCUAAAUCAGAACCAUCAGGAGCACUUAAAUCAGAACCAUCAGGAGCACUUAAAUCAGAACCAUCAGGAGCACUUAAAUCAAAACCGUCAGGAGCACUUAAAUCAGAACCAUCAGGAGCACUUAAAUCAAAGCCGUCAGGAACACCUAAAUCAGAACCAUCAGGGGCACUUAAAUCAGAACCAUCAGGAGCACCUAAAUCAGAACCAUUAAAAGGAGUGUCUGCAUCAAGGCCAAAUAGAGAACCAACAUCAGGAAAAUCAGAAUUGAUCACUGCACCAGGAGCAAGGUCUAAAGGAAGUAAGGCUGGCCCAAGGAAUAAUCGGAACUUAAGUGGACAAAGAAACUUUUGCAAUUACGGGAACAAGGAAAAUCCCACUAUAGACGGUUCCAAGGUAAAUGAAAGGGAUAGAUUUGUUGGCAAAAAAAACAACCAAAGUAAUUUUGUGUCAAGACCCAGUUACAGUUGGAGGAACGAGUUUUCCAGGCUGAACAAGCUCUACGGAGCUAAUAUUAUUGCAGAGGAGUUCUUGUGUGAUGAUGAUAACGAUAAACCAACUGAUGAAAAAAACGCCAAAAAAGAUGAUGACUCUUUCAGAAAGACUUCAAUUAAGUUCUCUUUGACAUACCAUCCAAGCGAUCCGGACUUCCCUUUCUCAAAGUUGAGUGAGUAUAAUAUACAAGAAUCAAAGGCGGAAUCUUCCUCUCCUGAAAAAUUUCCAAUAUUAAUGCAUAUUACUGUUCCAUCAGGAUAUCCAAAAGAGAAUAUAGACCAAGUGAUUCUUGAUACUCCAGAAUACCAAUAUGUAACUUCAAAGUUUAACGAAGCUUUCCAAGAAUGCAUAUCAAAGUCUGGUUUGACUUUAUAUCCGAUCUAUGAAGCUAUUAAAGCAUUUGACAGGAACCUUUCAGAGUUGGUUUCAAGCGGACUUCCCUCAAUAGAAUCUAUUAAUGAGUAUAUUCUGUUAAACUGGACUCCUGGAGAACAAAAACUUUUGGAAGAGGCAAUUUGCUACUACAAGUACACAAAAGAUGUGAACAAGAAGUGGAGCGAAAUAGCCAAUCAUGUUGGUAAUGGAAAGACUGUUAAACAAUGCAUUGAAAGGUAUAAAUAUUGUAGGUCAUUAGUAGCCAAUAGGGAGUUAGAGAAGAAACUUACAAUUGGAGAUAAAGGACAAAAUCAAGAUAUAAACAAAUUUACAAUUGAUGAUGACCUUUAUUCCCAAAAGACAGUCAAUGAUAUACCAUUAGAGGAUUUUGGCCGAUUAAAUUUGUCAAACUUUGAAAAUUUGCUUAUUAAUGGAUUGGAAAUUUUUUCAAUUGAGUUAAUUAUUAUUGCAAUUUUGAGGCUUCAAAUUUAUUGCUCAAGAUGUAAUGAGAUAAAUGAUUAUAAACCAAUUAGUAUUCCAGGAAACCAAGAUUUAGCUUUAAAUAAUCAAGGAGAGACGAAAGAGUUGGCUUUCUUGGAUAAUUUGGUGUUGGGAAAUUCUCAAAACUGUAAGAAGUGUGGCUUAAAACAUUCAAUACACUUUUCACCAUUAAUAUGCCACUCUAAUGACAUAAGAAUUGGAAAGAUUGAGUUUUCUGAAUGUUCAUUGAGGGACAUUUUGCCAUCAGAUAUUCUUGUUUCUUGCUCAAAUUGUAGUAAUUUCCUAAAAAUUAGAGAAUUCUUUGUAGGAAAGCAGUAUUCAGUAAACUGUAGAAAUUGCUUUAAAGAACUUAAAAUCAAGGCUGAAGGUUUAAUUGUUGGUAAUGAAAUAUUUAAUGUUGAUAAGAGUACCGACUUUUUACUUGCUGAGUUGAGUAAUAUGAAAAAGUUCAAAAAGAAAGUAAAUAAGGAUUCAAAACUGCCUACUGCGGUUGGAACUCCUCUUCCUUCAAAUGGAACUUGCUCACAUUAUAAGAAAUCAAAUCGUUGGAACAGAUUUCCCUGCUGUAAUAAAGCUUAUCCAUGCCAUGAGUGCCAUGAUAAAGAUAAUCCUGACCACAAGUUUGAGUGGGCAAAGCAAAUGAUCUGUGGAUUCUGUAGUAGAGAACAGGGGUUUUCUGAAAAUUGUAAAUAUUGCCGUGCUAACCUAACAGGUAAGACAGGCAAUGCAUCUGGAAGGUUCUGGGAAGGAGGAAAAGGCUGUAGAAAUCCUCUUGCUUUGAGUAAUCGUGAUAGCAGAAAGCGGAAACUGAUUUCUCGACAACUCAAAAAGACUUUAUAA